UUGAUUAAGAGAAGACAGAAGGGACUCCUCGCAGACUCUCAUUCAGCCUCUUUGAGAAGAAGGGAUGGCAUGGGGGGGGGGAAGCUAUCAGAGCAAAUCCAGGUGAACCAGAACAAUGACUUUCAGUCUCAACUUCCUGCCAAUACACAGAUCAAACCAAGUUUUAUAUCAGUCUGGGAUAUAAGUUCUUGGGGCUGGCCUGGUUCAUUCACAAGAGGAGGGCUCUCGUCCUGUAGAGGAUGGCUGCGUCGGUUCUUGCUGCUGAAGCUGGUGACUGUGCUGCUGUUCCCCCACAGUGCAGGCCUCGCAUUGCUGGUGGCCUGUAUGUUCAGCCUGCGGGCGUUGCUGCUGCUUCGCUCCCCUCGCAUCUCAACCAAGCCCUCCACUGUGCUCCUGCGCCAGCUGGCUCUUACAGACAGUCUUGUGCUGCUGCACUGGAUGCUUCAUCUGGGAGUGAUACUGGCCUGGUGGAUGGAGGAGGCGGGCUGUGAGAUUACGAUGGGCCUCAUGAAGCAGGAGGAAUCAAUUUGGUGGAGGGAGGCUGUGAGCUUGCUCUGUCAGCAGCUGCUUGAUGCUCACCACCUGGCCUCACUGCUCCUGCUAGGGCUGUUGGGACUGGAGGCCACGCUGGUGUCACGCUGGCCUCAACAGACCCGGAGAUUCAGGACUUCUCGCUGGGCGCACCUCAGCUGCAGCCUGGUCCGGAUACUUGUGCUGCUAGAACUGUUGUUCUUGCUCCACUUAAAACUUGUGCAGUACACCCAAUCUCAGCCUUUCCUCCCACCACUACAAAACUCUCAAACUCCCUCUCUGGGCCCAGUGCCUGUUCCCUCCCCUCCACCUUUCUCCUCUUGCCUGAGGAGGACAUUAUGGCUGGUGAAUCUAUGGCUGCAUUAUGCUGUUCUCCAUAGCAAACAUCAGAGGAGAAAGAGCUUCUUUCAUUAAAAGCUUGAAAUUUUGUGAAUUCAA